UGGACAUAUCUGAAAAGAUUGGCCUUGUAGUCGUUUCGCUCCCCUUGACGUUGAUCAGCCCUUUCAGAAGAAAUUCAAGAAAAUAGAAGAUGGCUAGUCAGGCAAAUCAAAGCUCAAUAUUUCUUGAUGUGUUUCGAAGGGCAGACAAAAAAGAUAAUGGACAGAUAUCAUGGGAGGAGUUUGUCUCCUUCUUUGCUGAUGGUGUCAUGGGGAAAGAUGAAUUGGAAACUUUGUUCAAGCAGAUUGACACACAUAAAACCAAUUACAUAGAUCCUGGUGAGUUAUGUCAGUUUUUCUCCCAACAUUUGGGAGAAUUUAAACAGAUAUAUGAUGUGGUGGAGGACCUUCAUGCCAAGAUUAAUACUGCUUUACAUACUACAUCAAAGACAUAUCCAGCAGAGACCAGGAUGAAUAAGUUCAUUAAACGUUUUCUAAUGAAGGAAGUGACCAAUCAGGUGUCAGCAUUGCAGUUACCUCUAGAAUCUGCAUCAGAAGGAAUGGAUGAACUAGCUAAGGAAGAAAGUGGUGAUACUAAACCAGUUGAAGCAUCUGAUGUCCUGAAGAAAUCUGAUAUAACACCAGGACGUGUGGGAAGACGUGCUAAACGUCAAGCCAGUAACCAGUCACAAAACAGUAUUUUUGAUGGAACAAUGUCAACAACCUUGACUGCCCAGGUGGACAGACUUUCUACUUUACUUGACAGACUAGAACAUGGUGUAAACACUGAUGGCUUUGUGGAUGAAGAUCUAGAAGCUUUGGCUUCAGAUAAGUAUUACUUGGUGGAAUUUGAGACAAAUAUUAAAGGAGAUAGUAAAGAGGUGUUCAGAAAGGCUAUGAGAACUUAUAUAGAGGGCGCUAAUAAUGCAGAGGGCUGUCUUAGCACAUGUGUUAGAUAUUAUAAGGACAUUGGAUCAUUUGCUUUGUAUGAAAUAUGGGACUCAGAGGAAAAUUUCAAGAAAUACAAUAAUGAUGGGACCAAGUUUUCUGUUCAGAUGAAAGAGUAUAUUGAUGGUCCUGUCAACAACAAGGGUCUGGAUUUCCCAGCUUCUUGGUGGAAGAAGAAUGCUUAAUGGACAGAUAUACUCAGCUGUAGAAGAAAAAGAAGCUCAUAAUAUAAUAGAUAUGCAUGUUUAUAAUAAUACUAAUAGUAUAUAGCCUAUUUCUUACCUGUUGUUAUUUAUAGACAUAGUAUGACCAUUGUUAAUUAGAUCUUAUUUAUUGUUUUAUACCUAUAUUUUACACCUUUGAUAAAUGUUAUGUAUGUUAUUGAACAAAUUGUCUCCAGUUUUUAUAACACAUCAGAUCUUAUAAGUUGACCCAAGUAUUAAACCAGUUCAAAUAUCAUAAUAAACUUGUGAAGGGGUCAUUCAGUGGUGAAUGUUUAUCUGAAGGAAAGGGAUAUUUUGAGUAUUUUUGACUUUUUGUCCAAGGAUUAAGAAAUGACUGGAAAAAGUAUUGAAUAUAAAAUAAAACAACCGGAAUCAAGCAAGUAUAGUCUCAAUUGUGACACUUUAAAUAUAAUUGUUUAUUGCAAGAUUAAGUUAAGCAAAGAUGUCAUCCGACUUAAGAUAUCUCAUGAGUUUAGUCAUGACAAAUAUUGAAGUUUUACUUGAUUUAUUAAUUUGUUGAAUGCUGUUAUCCAUGGACUUAUUUUAAAUAAUAAUGUUUAGAACAUGUUUUUUUUUGUUCUUUUAAAGUUUUUAAAGUCAAUUAUUGGUUUUGUUAGAGAUGUAGACUUGUCCCAUAACUGUUUAGUCCCCAGUCUUUAUUGCACCUGGAAAACACUUUAAAAAAGUUUGACUUGACUAUUAUCUAAAAAUUUCAAAAUUUCAAAUAACUUAUUAAAUCUGUCUGUUGUUAUCAAGCAUUUAUUGUCACACAUUGUGACACCCUUAUUAUAUAUAUUUAAUAGUAAAGAAAAUAAUUUGUAUUUGACAUAUUUUAAAAUGUGUAUGUAAUAUAUUCAUAAUAUUUACAAACGACUUAAUGCACCUUAUGAUAGGUUAAUGUUCAUAUUGAAUUAAUUUGAUACUCAUAGAGGACACAUUUAUAAUAUAUUUGUAUACAUGUAUGUUUUUUUCGUGCAAUAAAGUUAGAACUUA